AUGAUUCCCCGCGUGCGCCACUGGCGGAUUUCAUUGGUCUUCUUGGGUUUAGCGAAGUUCCCUGACCGUCUGCCCUAUAUAGACCUUGGUCAAGUCGUUACACUUAAUUUUGUAGACACAGCCCCUAGUUCUAACUACACUCAUUUGCAAAUCACUUUGGUUUUCACGACAGACUCAACUGGAUCUCUCGUUUAUGAUAUUCUACAACUGAAUGCGCUGCACACAGGCCGCCUCAGGUUUCAGUUGGUACGAUAUUCGAGACAUCGCAUCUCUAAUACCGAAUCCCUAUCCGAUUCUCAAGGAGAGUUUUUCACAGACUCAUCUGGACGUCAACUGAUUCGCCGCAUUCGAACCAAAAACUUACAUGAUCCCAUCGCCUCUAACUACUACCCUGUGAUCAAUCGGAUCCUGAUCAAAGGUGCUGGUGAAACUUCACCCGAAUCACCCCCACUGGCACUCGCUGUCUACACUGAUCGCCCGCAAGGCGGAAGCAGUUUGGAACAAGGACAGUUGGAGCUCAUGGUGCAUCGACGGUUGGUUCGGGACGAUAGUCUCGGACUAAAUGAAGCCCUCAUGGAACAGGGUGUUGAUAACCAUGGACUGAUUCGCCGCAUUCGAACCACAAACUUACAUGAUCCCAUCGCCUCUAACUACUACCCUGUGAUCAAUCGGAUCCUGAUCAAAGGUGCUGGUGAAACUUCACCCGAAUCACCCCCACUGGCACUCGCUGUCUACACUGAUCGCCCGCAAGGCGGAAGCAGUUUGGAACAAGGACAGUUGGAGCUCAUGGUGCAUCGACGGUUGGUUCGGGACGAUGGUCUCGGAGUAAAUGAAGCCCUCAUGGAACAGGGUGUUGAUAACCAUGUCCUGAGAGCAACUGCUGAAUGCCCGAAAUCUACUGAGACCCUCAGCUCCGCUGGAUGUCGACCAGACGACGGCCCCUCAAUGUGCAGCGUGUCACAGCGUGAGUCAGCGUUGGUCAAGGUCAGACAACGCCCCCGCACUACGCGGCGCGUCGCAGCCUCGUACCAAGGCCACUCCAAGUUUAGAUCUGGAAAGGAACUGACAGCACGAAUGCCACUGACAUCGAUUAGCCGCCAUUUAUUGCAACGUCUCCAACCAAGCACAGACGGGGUCAAGGGGACCCCAUCCUGGGAUGCUUACAACACCAACAACACCCAAACUCUUCAAUCAAAUGGAUCGGAUGCAAGGAAGCACGAAGGAUGGGAUACUGCCAGGUUUCCCAAGCCUAGAGAGCGGAAUUCGAGAGGCGGAGGUCGGGCUCGAACCACGGACCUUCCGGCAACUGAAUGUGCUGCACCAGGAAACCUCAUGUUUCACUCGAAUUACAAAUAUACAUGUAUCGAAUAUCGUAGCGACUGA